AUGGCUUCAUCCAAUGACACCCAACUUGGUGCGAUGACAAACUUACCAGAGAAAGACACUCGACAUAACAAGACCGAUGAGAAAGAUGGCCAGAUUGUUGAGUUUGACGAUUCCUUUACGGCAGAGGAAGAAAGGGCCGUUCUUCGUAAAAUUGACUUAACUAUUCUACCCAUGAUGUGUGUCGUUUUUUUCCUGCAAUAUUUAGACAAGCAGAGUCUAAGUUAUGCGAGCGUAUUCGGCCUCAUCACCGAUUUGCGGAUGACAAGCACGCAGUACUCUUGGUGUACAUCCAUCUUCUACAUUGGCCAACUUGUAUCCGAAUACCCGUUCAUUUACUUGAUGAGCAGGUUUCACCUCACAAAGUUUGUUGGAGUUACAGUUGUGAUAUGGGGUAUCGUAUGCAUGUGCCUCGCCGCCCCAAACAGUUACGCUGGUUUCGCCGCAGUGAGAUUCCUCCUCGGAUUUGCCGAAGGAGCUGUUUCUCCAGCCUUCAUUACGAUUACCAGUAUCUGGUAUCGGAAGGACGAGCAUGCACUCCGUACCGCGCUUUGGAUCACAAUGAAUGGUUUGGCCCAGAUUUGUGGCUGUCUGCUAAUGUACGGCAUUGCAAAGAACACCGCGCUGACUUUGGCUCCUUGGCGGACACUGUUCCUAGUCUGUGGGGCUAUAACUUCGGCUUCGGGGGUUGUUUUCUACUUCUUUAUGCCUAACGGCCCGAGGGAUGCUUGGUUCCUGUCGCCUCGUCAGAAACAAGUGCUGUCUAUGCGUAUGGCCAAGGACCGCGAAGGUGGUGACAAGACGUCAUUCUCGCUCAGGCAACUAAAAGAAGCUCUCCUGGAUGUGAAGACCUGGUUUGUCUUCUGGUUUGGUGUACUAGUCACCAUGCAAUCUCCAGUGCUCACGUUUGCCUCCUUGGUCAUCAACACUAUUGGCUACGACAAAUUUGAGACAAUGCUGUACACGGCUCCUUCUGGCGCUGUGCAAGUAGGAAUGCUGUGGUUGGGCGUUUGCGGUUGCAUGUUGUUUCCUAAAAACAGGACAUUGGUUGCUCUUGUGCUCAUUAUCCCACCAUUAGUUGGAAAUAUCCUACUAUUGCAACUGUCGACUGAAGAUGGCUGGGGCAUGAUUGGAGCAUCCUGGAUGGCAUCCUGCAUCACUGCGGUGUGGUCGAUUUUACUAUCUCUUACUGCUUCAAAUGUCAAGGGCAACACUAAACGUGCUAUUGUCAACGCCAUGUUCUUCAUUGGAUACUGUGCAGGAUGUAUUGGAGCUCCGCAACUUUGGACCGAGAAGCCGCGGUACUUUAAGGGUGUUGUUACAGCAAUUGUAACCUGGUGCCUGCUCUUCAUAGUCAUCAUUGCCUACCGAUUUUUGUGCUCUAGGGAUAACUCUAAGAGAGAUGCGGCCUUUGCUCAUAGUCAGGGUACUGAGGGCGGUCAAGCGGAGGUCAUUCUCGAUGCUGCAGGGGCACUUGAGAGUGAUGUAACGGAUAAGGAGGACAAGCAGUUUAGGUACAGUGUUUAG